AAAUGGCAACCCAGUCAAAGUGCUUCAGAUAGUGAAAAGUGUUGUUAAAGUCAUUUGCUCUGCAAAGCUGAAACAAUGGAAAGAUCUCUGUACAACAACAUCUAUAUGAAAGGCGGCAACACGAAACCUAGGGAUUUAUGCGUUUACAUUCGAUAUAUUCAGUGUUUGAGUAAUGCGAGUGGACCUGAAUUCACGAUGGAGCGUUUUAGAAGAAAGUUAGCGAGACUGCAACUGAAGCUACGGAUUCAUGAAAGACUCUCCCCUGAAAUUGUAGCAAGGAGAGAGUGGAUGAACUAUCCUUCGCCUGUGUCAUCCGGAAUGCUGUGUGCAUUCUGCGAGCAAGAUAUUCCAGAUAGGCGAGGAAGCCCAUAUAAAUGUAUCAAAUGCUCGGCGAAGUAUUGCUCGAAAGAACAUCAAAAAGCGGACCUGAGGUUUCAUCAUAGACGAUGCGGCGACGGUAUCAACGGAAAGCGAGUUGAAUCAGAAAAUACUGAAUACUUCGCAUUAGAGACGCUCCCAGUGAGCGCUCAUCUGAAAGACAACUUAAUCAAUUCGUACGAUGAAUCUGGAGAAAUUUGCUCACAACCUUCAAAACAAACUGUAAAUAUCGUGGAAUUUGUAGUCGACUCGUUAGUUCGCAACGGUCAUUGUAUUUUAGAUAAUUUCCACGGAAGUUCUCUUGCAACGUCGAUACUAAAUGAAGUCAAGGAUAUGCACAAUAAGGGAUGCUUUACCGAUGGACAAUUGUUAUCCGUUUCUGGCCAAGGGACUUCAAACCGAGGAAUAAGGGAAGACGAAAUCACUUGGGUGAACGGAGGCGAAAAUGGCUGCCAUUCAAUCUCACAACAUAUGAGUGCAAUGGACACUUUGAUAUAUCUCUGCUCUUCCUACGGCAUUAAAGAUCACGAUAUUCAACAUAGAUCUCAGGCGAUGUUGGCAUGUUACCCUGGUCAAGGGACAGGCUACAAGCGACACAUUGAUAACCCAAAUAAGGAUGGUCGAUGUAUCACCACCAUUUAUUACCUUAACCCUGGAUGGAAUAGUAAGACUGAUGGUGGAACGCUCAAGCUCAUGCCAGAGAAGAGCUUCUUUCCUGAACUCAAUAAAAGUGAAGUUGAAGUUGAGCCCGUAUUAGAUAGACUUCUCCUUUUCUGGUCAGACAAGAGAAACCCACAUGAGGUCAUGCCUGCUCAUAAAACUAGAUAUGCCAUUACUCUUUGGUACUUCGACACAAAGGAACGAAAAAAGUUCUUUGAGGAAAUAAAACAGCAAGGGAAGCAAAAACCAACCAGUGUACAAAUCAAAGCAAAAGACAAAAGCUGAUGGAGUAUGCUGAUUCCUCAAUGACAUGAUGGAGCUGUUGAAAGUAAAGUAAGACAUAUUCUUCAGGCACAAAAAGUAUGUUUGCCUCAUCUUUGAAGCAGAUCAUCCCCUAUAUCACCCAGUGAAACUGUCAGAGACGGACAUUUAAUAUCUGAAGCCACAGAUUAAGCUGACAGUAAGCUAUAAUGUAUGACUACAAAGUCAUAGAAAUAUUACUGAGCUUUUGUUAAUUGUCUAAGUGCUGAUAGUUUAGAAGGGCUUGAUGUUCAAUUUUUGCUAAUUUGAAUAACAAACUAUUACUAUUAUUAUUAUGUUAAUAAAUUUCAAAAGGAUAAUCUAAAAACAGAAAAUUAUACUUUAUUUACCAUAUACAAUUUAAAACGAUGCCAUUGUUUCUCCAAACAAGCAGACAAAAGUGGAUGCCUAAUCUUAUUGUUUGAAUUUUGCUAGGAUGAAAAAAUGGCAGUUGACAAAGACUGUUUGAAAAGGUGGUGUCACUGAAUGUUAUUUUUUAGUCAAUAAUGAAAAUGCAUUUUGUUUUUUCAUCAGAAAGGAAAUUUAUGAGAAGCAUCUUCAGCACAUAUUCUUAAAUAUUUGAUUAUCGUUUCCAUGUAAUUCCAAGUGCUUUUGAAAUCUCUAUAGUAAUGCUUGAAAUAACAUUUAUCCAUGACACUGCCGAUGUAAAUGCAAACAGUCCAAGGCCUGGAACUACAGCAGUAAGGCUUGUUUUGCCUUUUUAGUGGUCAGACCAUAAAGUCUCAGGUACUUGAAGAGCCUUUGCCAGCCACACAUCUUUUGUUAUUGUUUUCAUUCAAAAUUGGAAAAUAAAUUAAGGUAACCAUCUAAAAUAACAGAGGAAAAAUGGUAGCUGUCAGAAACUCUUUAUUUUCUUUGAUUUUAGUUGAGCUUCAUUUGAGAAAAGGAGUUGACCUUAGGCUGUGGACCUUAUUGUAAUCAUGGUGUUCCCAAAAAGCCCUAGAUUUCUACGGCAUUUAUAUUUGCGUCAUAGUUAGUAGAGGGAGACUCCCUCCCUCUACUAACUAUGUUUGCGUUUACUGUAUUGGGUAUCUUUUCAGUUGUUUUGUUCAUAUUGUGAUAUUUUUUCUCAAAUGCAAAUUUUUUUCAAAGGGGAAAACAUAGAACUUACAUUUUAUAGGAUAAGGGAGUAGAGGAUAAAGGAGUAUACAGUAGGACAUAUAUCUUCCGUUGUCUUCUUAGCAGCAGUUGUGUAACUGACACAGACUGGCUGCUAAGCAGAACUAAUGCUUUUUAUAUGUAGCCUUUUUCCAGAUAAUCCUUUAAGCCCACAAUAUGUUUGUGCUCGUUAAAAGGGUCUUAUGAGCACAACGUGGUAUGUAAAACCCCAAGUUUCAGGCCAUCUUCUCCAUCAAAUAUAUUAUUUUUUAUAAUAGAAAUUGUCUGACACUCAGGCUGUAUGUGAUAACCAGUAUCAUUAGGGAUUGGUAAUGCAGAGAUAUUAUUGUUAGAGGGGCUUUCUUAUGGCUAUAGUAUCACCCUUUCCUGCCAGAGUCUCCUUUGCUCUACUACGAGCUUUGUAUUACUGUAAUAGGGCAAAGGAAUUAACAGUUGGAUCACACAGUA